AUUGUGCGUGAAAUGUUUGCAUGCCUUCAGCUCUCUGAGAGUUCCUCAUUUUGGAUCUGAGGUUUCUGUUUUAUUGUGUCUGUUUUUGAGUUUGCUGUUGUCUCUAUUGACAAUAAAUUCAAUUGCUCAGGAUUCCAACAGUGCAAGAGGAUUGUCAUCAAACAGCAAUUAUCCACUGUAACAUAAGUACAGACAACAUCAGUCAGUAAGCAAUGGUUGAAGUCCAUUUUAUUGGUCAAAGUGGCGAUUUUCUCCUGACGUAAUCACUGACCCCAGUGAGAUCAGAUGCUACAUCCAUAAAGCAAGGCAGCAAACCUGAUAACGACAAUGCCACAACCUUGUUACUUCACAGAAAAGGAAGUUCACUGAUUCUGAAUACUUGAUAUCGACAGUACAGCUACAUGUUCAAACCCAAGUGACCUGCGGCUAGAGCAUGGUCUAAAAACAAAAGCGUGUCACAUGUGAAGACGGAAGCUCAUUAUCGCAUCAGACGCUCGACGACUGCACAUGUCGGCGAACACCCUUCCAGGAUUUUGGAUCAGAUUUCACCAGUGUCUGAGGGGGGUGAAUCAGCACUUCAUUACUCUACAAUUUCGACCCACUUGUUGUAGUACCCUUCAUAAAUCUUGAAUGCCUUUAUUGCUGAAAGUCACAAAGUAAAAUCCAGUGGGAUAUGAUUAAGGGUACCUUGGAGAAUCGCCCAAAAGAUAUCCUCAAACACUGAUUCUCCUUGCCCUGACCUGCCCUGUGUAGGAUACAUCAUAGAAAUGGAGGAGAGAGAUAAACAUGUGAUGUUAUCUCGGUUCAUGAAGAUGACCCAACUUGAUCUUGGAUUUGCUCAUGAUCUUCUAGAAGGUACAAAUUGGAAUUUUGAUGCUGCAGUAAGAGACUUCCAAGAACUCCAAGGCCAGAAACGGCUAUCUGCUCAAAGACAGGCAGCUCCAAAGAAAAUCUCUCCCAAAGAAAACCCUUCCAACCAAAUUCCCCCAAAGACCAGCCCAAAGCCCAGCUCGCCCCAGAGAAGUCCUCCACAGAAAGGUUCUCCCAAGAGAAAUUCUCCCCCAAAUGGGCAAAUGACACAGCCUAUUCCCAACAGGGCCUCCCCAAAAAUAAAUGGGAGAGGAGAUGAUUCCAUUUCACAUAAUGGGGGCUCCUCAUCUCCAAAUGCCUUGCAGCAUCCUCAGCUGAGAGAUCCUCCAAAGUCACCGGGUACCAAGAGACUGACAAGAGGUCUUUCAGCAGCCAACUCCAGACUGGUGAUAACCAGUCGUCAGAGGGUGAAAGAUGACGAAGAGAGCCACAACUAUCAACUUGUAGACACACCAAGAUUCACCUUCAUCUUGCCUGAUCUACUGGUGUUCCCUGCAGACUUUCGUGCAUUCGUUGAGAAGGAUCUCAUUGACUCUUGUACAAUGGUCAACCUUGAAAACUCAGGUUAUCUGAACUGGUGGGCAAAGACAGGGGCAUGUUCUAAGCUGUGGCCAAUGGCAACAACUGGAGACGGCAAUUGUCUUCUGCAUGCAGCAUCAUUAGGUAUGUGGGGUUUCCAUGACCGUCAGCUGACAUUACGUAAGGCUUUAUACAAAGAUCUGUCGGACCAUCAACACACGGCACAUAUGCAAAAACUAAAGAGAAGAUGGCGAUGGCAACAGACAUUAGCAAACAAAGAGUCUGGCCUGGUGUAUUCUGAAGAAGAAUGGGAAGAGGAAUGGAAGAGUCUCCUGAAGCUAGCAUCCACCAUUCCAAGGAAUCAUAAAUUCAAGAAUAAUGGAGGCAAGCCCAUGGGUGGAGGACCCCUACCAUCUGUAGCCGAGGACCAAGACUAUUUGGAUGAUGAUGAGGAGAUCAUGUAUGAGAGUUUGGAAGAAUUCCAUGUGUUUGUUCUCUGCCAUAUCCUCCGUCGACCCAUCAUCAUCGUGGCCGACACCGUCCUCCGAGACUCCCAGGGCCAGCCCCUUGCUCCUAUCCCUUUCGGUGGUAUCUACCUACCAGUAGAGCUGCAUCCUCUUGAGUGCCAUCGCUCGCCCUUAGUCCUCACCUACGAUGCAUCCCAUUUCUCAGCGCUGGUUCCCAUGGAAGUGGAUAGCCACCGUGACACAGAGCUCAAGAAACAACCCCCUGUCAUUCCCAUCACCGACUCCAACCAUCACCUCCUGACCCUUCACUUCAUCGUUGAUCCUGGUAUCGGGUGGCAGUGGAAGGAUGAGAACCACAACGAUGACAAGACAAACGGUAUCGAGGAAGACACCUCGCUCCACAAGCUGGUCUACAGUCCCAAGGACAAGCUGAAACUCCUGCAGACGUAUUUGGAGUUGGUGAGGCUAGAGAUUCCAGAUGUCCAUCACCAGGAGAGCUCAUCGCCAACACAGGGAGAUGAAUGGGAGCUGUUACCACCCAAGGAAAAUGGCAUGAAAACUGUCAAGGUUGAAGUCGCUAGAAGCAAUUCAAGUGGAUCAGAGAAGAGUGACAGAAGCGGGGGCAAGGAGAAAGAGAAGUCAAGGUCAUUUGGUAAAAAGCUCAAGCACUUUGCGGGACUUGAUAAAAGCAAGAAAGGAUCAUCCCGCAAAGAUAGCCAUGAGCAGUUUCACAUCAUAGAGGAGAAGCACAAGAAGGACAGAACCUCAACCGAAGUGACCAUUCAGGAUGUUGCUGACCGUUCAGUUGUGGUAGCAGCAAAGAUGGAUGAUGUUAGGUUACAGGGAGUGGAGGAGAUGAUAAGGAAUUACCUGGAGUCAGCAAAGACCCGUUUCCAUGAGGAGGUGGCUCUGAAGAGGAUGAUUGCUGCUGAGAAUCGGAGCAGACAGCAGCAGAGGAUCCAGAGAGAACAGCGCCCUCACGAUGUUUGUAUUGAUGAUGACGAAAGAACUAAUGAGGCUGCAUAUCACUUUGCCUCUCUUCCACGUGUCCAUGUCAACGGGCCCAUGUCUUCCAGAGGCAAUCAUGAUUAUCCUGAUAAUGGUAGAGGUGUACAGUAUGUCCAUGCAACAAGUAGCAACCCAGGCAGUCCUGCCAUGGAGCGUGUCAACAACGGUACAUCAUACAACCCAGCAGCCAAGCGUCAAGGAGGAACGUACAGCCCACAGCCAGUACGUGCACACUACAACCCUCCACAACCACGCUAUCAAGCUCAAACUCAAUCACCACAGUUUCAAAGAACAGUACCCAUUCAGAGACUUCACAUCAACGACAGGAAUCAAGAAAUCCGCUCCAAUUCUAACCCAUACGCUACUCAUGUCAGGGGAAGGCGUGUACCGAUAGAAGAGGAAGCUACAAGGCAGUGCCGUACCUUUGGUUGUAAGUACUUUGGCUCAGAAAAGACAGACUUCCUGUGUUCCCAUUGCUAUGAGUCAAUCAUUCGAAAGAAGCAACCUCUCAUGCGGUAGAGAAAGAUAAAGAAAAUAAGGAAGCAUUUGAUAAGCUUGCUGGGUCAUCCAUAGUUUUUUUCAAAUGAAUGAGUUCUGCACAUUUAUCAUUUUAAGUUGUCAUUGUGUAUUGUAUGUUCAAUCAUGUCUUGAAUAAAUUUUUUCCCACAUGUGAUGCAGCUUUAUUCUCAUGUGCCAUGUUGUUUUAUUAUCAGUAUGAUUAAAUAUGACAUUGCUUUAAUUAUUAAUUGUAUUUUCCCAACAUCCAGGUGAUGAGAAGAUACUUUGUUGAUAUUUUGUUGUGCAGAAUGUAUGGAAGCAGACUUUUGGCAGGUGUCUGUGUGUAAUUUGUUACGAUUUUUUUCUUAAUUCUAUCACUAGAUAUAAUUGAUAACUGAAAGGUGGUGAGACCUAAGUGCAAUUAGAAUGCAAACAGCUGAUGAGGACAUACAUGAAGAGCAAGAAGAUCUUUUUAAGAAAAAAAAUUAAGGUUAAGUUUAAGUUGUGAAGUAGGAAAGGUUUAUAUCAAUACUUUUAAAAAUUUAUGAAUUUUCAGAUACUGGUAAUAUGUUUUGAAUGUAUUGUUCAAGAAAAUUUACACUUGAUUGAUAGGAUUUUCUUAUAAAUAUGAUAUCCAAUGGUGGAAAAAUUGUUCACUUUUAUGAAUACCAAGAUUCAUAUUGAACAGGUUAAAAAUCAUUUAAUGUAUAUCUGUAUAAUGAAUCAUCUAAGUUUGGAUUUCAUUCAUUCCUGUAUUCACAACAAGUAGUGUGCUUGUGGUGUGUUAACACCAGCUAAUCUCUCCAUGUCAACUUGUUAGAAAAAACAACUUUUUUUUAAUACUGUAUGUCUAAAAUAGGGUAAUUGUGACAUGAUUGAAUACUGACUUCAUGAAAUCCAUGAAUGUACAUAGAUUCAUCUUUAUUCUUGGCUUGAUAAAUCUAUUUCUUCAUUAGCCUUUAAAAUCACCCUUUUCCAAGCUAGUAUAAUGGAACAAGACCUAUUUGUGUCAUUUUCACAAAACAAAAUUAAUAUUUUUACUUUGCUUUGGAAAAUUCAUCUACAUAUUAUUAAUGUAUAUUUAUAUAGCGCAGUUACUAUGUGCAUAUACUCAACUGCGCUUUGAUACUUGGUAUCAUAUUAUUACCCCGGCUGUAGCUAAGCCGCCAUAUUAAUAGGCGCUAAAGCGGUCAAGGAAUAAAUCCUACCGGGUACCCAUUCACCUCACCUGGGUCGAGUGCAGCACAAUGUGGAUAAAUUUCUUCAAACCCACGACCCUCUGUUUCAAAGUCUUGAGACUAAUCCACUGGACCACAACGCUCCACACGAUUUGCUUUUUAUUUUUUUUAUUCAGUUCACUUUUAUUCAUUUUCUCUGCACAAAUUAUAAACAACAAAUACAUGAAUGACAAAUAACACAGACAAAAGAAGUUAAGUAAAACUUUUGAGAAAUAGUUACUAGUAAAUAAAAUUUUAACAAAUGUAUAUUUUUAUUUUAGAUUUGUUUGAAUCAAAUGAUAAUGAAUUUGAAUUGCAUACCACUGCCAUGGUACUGCCUGAAUGUAGCCAAAAAAAUGAAGUUGAAUUGAUCACAUUUUAUUAUGGGUCAGGAUACUAAACAGUUUUAGUUAUACUGGGGAUACUGGUGAGAUUGGCAAAGAUGCUCAUUAGCACCAUUCUAAUCAGUUGAUUUUUCUGACCAGCAAAUGGAUAUAAUCAUGAAUAUGCAACUUGAAUGAUUUAUGCAAACCUAAUAUAGCCCCCAGUUCAAGACAGCAAGAAUUGAUCAAAUGAUGUCCUAUUUUUAUUCAAACAUUGAAAGAAAAACAUGUGUAACAUAUCAUUUUAAACAGUACUAUUAUCAAUGCAAACUUAUGUUUGUGAUGUUUUAUUAGAUUAGAGUAAUUACACUAUGAUUAUAUUUUUUUUCAAUGAAAAUAUGCAAUGUAAAUAUCAAAAUUAUAUUUAAGCUAAUAUUGAUUAAUUCAUGAUUAUAUUUGCCUUGAAACAAGUAUUGUAGUAUUCAAGUACAUAUGGGAAAAUAUGAGAUGUAUUGAAUCGAAUGAAUUGUAUGUACAGAUCAGUUUGAAAUACCAAUAUAUUCUAAAGAUAGAUACAUAGAUAGUGCAAAAGAACUUCAGAAGGUAAUCAGAAAAUUGCAGAAGUAUGUGGACAGUGUGAAAUUAGUCAAUGUCCCUUACUAUUUUCCCCCCUUAAUUGUAUCCCUUUAACAGUAUACAUACAACUCAUUUACAUGUAUUCCUUGACAAAACUUGUAUGCAUGUCUGGUCAACAACUCUGAUGUAGCACAAACCGACUAUGAUUAUAUAUCUUGUUGAUUCUUUAUAAAACCUGACAUCAUGAAAGUAAUUUUUCUUAUGCUACAUGUACUUAAAUAAGUAUUGAAAUUGAAUUUGAAACCUGUUAUACAAUGUGUAUGUAGGGUCAAGUCUUUGGUCACAAUAUAAAUGUUCUAUAUCAUUGCAGAAUACAUUUAUCAAACAUAAUACAUUAUCUUUUAUUAAAUCAGAUGUAUUAAAGAUUUUUCCAUACACAUAUGGCUGAAUAUGAUAUAUAUAUAUUAUGAAUUAGCGUUUCCAUAUAUGCCUUAACACAAAAUUUUUAUGUUGUGUAUUUUCUCUGCCAGCCUUCUUAGCUUCCUUGAAUCAAAUUUAUGUAAGAAAUCAUUUAUUGUUUUAAAAAAAAUUAUAUUUGUCAUCCAAGUUAAAGUUCAUACCUGCAUUUAAUGUUCAUACAAAAUGUACAUGUGUAAGAGCAACCCAACUGUAUUCUGUACAUAUCAAUAUGACUGCUCAUAUUCACAUUGUUUUAGCUCAUACUGAUACAUUUUUUUUGUAUAUAUUUAUUUUUUGAGGGAGAAAAUGUGUAAAGGUUGGGAAACAAAUUAUAUUUUGCUGGAGUUUAAAAAUAUCACAUUUGCUUGUAGAAUAAAAAAAUAUAGCCUUAUUUCCUACAAAGAAAA